CCCCCGCCCGUGGUGGUCACCUUCCCCGGCCCCAUCCUCAGCUCCUUCCCCCAGCAAGCCGUGGUGGGCUCCUCCGGAGCACCGGCCUUUGGCGGCUCCCUGGGGCUGGGCGGCCUCUACGGCGCCGGYGCCACCCAGGCCUCGGGCGGCCUCUGCACCUUUGGCAGAGCCUAYGCUGCUCCCGCCUGCAGCCCUUGCGUCGUGCCCCGCUACAGCAAGAAGCUCUGGGACACCUGCGGGCCCUGCUAGAGCCACCACCAACAACCCACCCCAAACAGCCACAGUGGCCUUAACCCAUCAUGAAGGAGGGGAG